AUGAUUUUGAAAGACGGGAGAGUGGGAAUAGUGGAGGAUGCGACGGCUGUAAUAACGCAAAUUGCGGGGUGCGAGGAGAGGGACAGGACGGGGUCGAAUGGGAGAAUAAAGGAGAACGCGGUUGCGGCAUUGUUGAAUUUGGUGAGUUGUGGAGGGGAAAGAGUGGUGGAGGAUGAGACGCAUUUGGCGGCGGCAGUGGUGGAGGGGAUUAAGGAAGUGGCGGUGAAUGGAAGCGCCAAAGGGAAGACUAAGGAUAUUGCAUUGAUGAAGGUGAUUGAGGGUGGAUCAAGCAAUUGGAGUAAACAGUUUGAUUAUUUACUUGAUCAAUCUUCAUGA